AUCAAUAUUACGGAGAGUUUAACAAAGAUUUAUUACUGGCAUAUCAUAAACAAAGAAGGAUUCCUUUACAAUAGAGAAACACCCAAGGUAACAUAUCAAAUUUACCUUAAGUGGCCUUGAAAGUUAACUGGUAAAUGUACUUUGUUCUAUGGCUGGCUCGGUAGCUUUAAAUUAAAUUAAAUAUAAAUACAGACAGCGAAAAAUCAUCACAUACUCUGCUUAUAAAGAUAUCACGCGUGAUUGGAUGGUAAUUUUUUGGAGGGCUUACUGCACAAUUUUGAAAUAUAAUCAGUCAACAAGGUAAGAAAUAAAUACUAUAACAUGGAGUAGUCAUAAGAUGGGAACAGUCGUGAAAACCAAAGUAUGCAAGGCACCCACAGACGUAAACCUUAGAGCGAUCUUGUACAGUAUAUCAAGUACUACCACAAGAAAGUAACUUGAGUGCUCAUUGAUUAAGACAUGAGGGCUAUAGUGUAAAAUACCAAGUGGUACCAAAACAGUAUUAAAAGAAAACACGUUCAAUACGUGUUUUUGGAUUUCCUUAAACUUAGGGCAUAAGAAAUGGUGUGAUUAUUGUUGACUAACAUUUAUCUGUGAAAUUACCUGAUUACAGCUCGUCGAAAGAGGUCCCUAUGUUUUCACAACACUUUCAAGGAAGAUUGAUGUUACCUUCGAUCCGUCCGGAAAGGUGACAUAUAAAACUUUCCAGCAACAGAAAUUCAACAAAAAGAUGACAGCAAACCUAUGCGCAACGUGUCAAGAAAACGACAAGGUAAGAAAUAAAAUGUAGUAAAAUUCUUAGGUUUAUAGUUACAAAACGCACUUUGGUGGUGAAAUUUACUGGUCUGAGGAAUACAUGCACACAAGCUAUUGUUUGUAAAAAGAAACAAACUCUGGGUAAACAAAUCGACAAAAAUGGUUCAUCGACUCUUAUAUACCGUGGAAAUGACGUCAACAUUUUAAACACAUUACAGUGAAACUGCUGAUUAGAUUUGACGUCAUGUGACGUCGUAAGGGAAAGAGGGCAAUGAUCUCUGAAACCUUGAAGAGAUAUAUUUAUCAGCUAUCAAUGAGGAUAGAUUGAUUAAUCGGAAUGGAUGGGUAGGAAAGUACUACUGGAAAUGAAUAAAGGGAUGAGAUUUAUUGAAGACCUAUGUGGUCUGAUGGAUGGAUGGAUAGAUGGAAGGACUCUUUGUGAAUGAAUAGGUGAAAUGGAUGGAUGGGUGGAUUGAAUGUUGUAGAUAACUUUAUGAACAAAUGCCUUACCAUUAACAUUUUUCUUUUGUUUUUCGUUAGGUGAGCAUCAUUAACUUGGCCUACCUGGGUCUGAUCAACCAAGUUAAAACAGCGGACUUAUUUAGUCUAGUUUUUCUCCCAGUGGCAGUUGACAGCCUGUUGCGUGACAUGGAUUUGAAACUGGGACACCGAAACGCAACACUGAAACAACUGGGAAAAACCUCGAGUCUGCUGCAGCUAAACAACUCAUAUAAUCCAGAAUUUGGAUCCUGGAAAUAUAGUGAGCUCUCUGGGACUGAAAUUCGUCCAAUAAGACGAGAGUAUAGCGUUACACAAAUGGGUGGACUUUAUAAUGUCCUUGUCAAUGCAACUCUGCUAGGGCUGCCUAAAGACACGACAGCCAUGGCAGACUGCGAAAAGACACCGCACCUACAAAGCUGUGGCUUGUUCAUAUGGAUGGCUAACUUUGUCCUUUCCUUUCACCCCAAUGGUACCAGUCCCAAGUUUAACCACACAGAAGCCGAGCGGCUGAUAGAAGAUGCUUUUUGUUCCAAUCCAAGCGCAUGCUAUAAGGUGACUGGCCGGUCUGACAUCGAAUCAUUAUUUGACUUUAUAAAUGGCCCUCUGAGAAGCUACACGCUGUGGUUCAUGAACCACAACAACUACGGUCUUGUUACGACGAGAAACCAACGAGAGCUUGCACUUGGCUACGUGAUGGAUAAGUUCCGUUAUCCCCCGGCUUAUCGUAAUGGUCUCCCUUCCCUUGGUGCACUUGUAAGUCACUCAUCUUUCAGUGAGGCUGUUCAAAAAAGCGAUUCCCACACCCUGCAUUCAUGUAACUCCUCUUCUGAAGAGCAUCUGAAGUCGACCUGGGCAGGUAAUGACCAAGGAAGGUUGGUUAUUAUAGCGUGUUUGGUGCACUAAAGGUGAUAACUUUAGCAAAGGCGCACACGAGCCAAAGGCCCAAACGCCCCAAUCUUAUCCCAGUUUCGUUAACAUGAAACAUGUUUCGCAGUACUGCUAAUCCCCCCUGGAUGGGACGCUAGUCCAUCGCAGGGUUACCCCAAAGCGGUAUGUUUGCGGGUACCCAUUAAUACACCUGGGUGAAGACAGACAAACUCCGGAAAUCCAGAUCCGGAGUUCGAGGUGUUACCCACUCGGCCACACACGCUUCCAAAGGUGGAGAUGAGGUAUUUAGACCGGUUAGGGUUGUCAAUUCUAUUUGAUAUGAGUGGCGUAUAUCACACUAUCAAAAACGGCGGCAUCGCAUUCCAAUAUGACCCCUUGGUAUGUCUGAGUUUGUAAGUUUUUACUAUGGUGAUAUAGUGGGUAGUAGGACCGACGUACGAACAUUCAUCGUUUGUCCACUUAACAACGGAAAAUUCGCGGAAGCCGGCACCAGAUACUCCAGAUACUCUUGUUGAUGGUGCUCUACGCGCGCAUUUUUCCUAUAUGAAAUUUACAGUAUAUAAAUUACCGUUAUUAUUAUCACUAUCAUUAUUAUUAUUAUUAUUCGUUAUCGUCAUUAUCGCGCUAAUAAUGUACUUGACUUGGCUAUGCCACCAAUUUUUUUACAGCCUACAAUGGUGAAACACAAGUGAGGCAAUCAUUUUACCCAAGCGCCUCCGCGAACGAGCUGAAGGUACAUGGUCACCAGGCCCUUUUCUUUCCCGCGAAAAAAGUUAGGUCAUGUGAAGCCUACAGGCCAGCGGCAAAGAGUUACGAGAUUUUCAUGCCGCAGUUGAAGAGACGGGGAACACUUGUCCAGGAGAAACAGGUCAAGAUAAGACGGCUUAAGUUGGACAGGUGAGGCACUAGCUAGUGUAAUAACAGUAAGGCUUGGAAUUCUUGAUCAUAUUAGAAUUUGUAAAUAGUUGUUCUUGUAGAAGGAGAAAAUAUAACCAAGGAACCACUCUAAAAAUUUGGGCAGAAAAGUUAACAAAUUCAACUAAGAUGCAUAGAAUCUUCGAAACUGGCGCUGCAAGUAAGUGAGAGACGAGGGCAAGUGUGUGACUCAAUUGCAUCACAUCUGUUCCUUUGAUAACAAAAAAAAAUUACUUUAAAUCCUUUUUUCAAUAUCAAUGUAACCUUUUCACAGGUUUCGACUUGAGGAAAGCCUGGUAACAGGGAAUAACAGAACUGUUUUUACAUCCGGGCUUCUCGAUAUGUCUGGUAUUUACGGAUUUCCAGUCCUUACUGGUUUUCCUCGAUUCUUACACGGCGCGCAGAGCCUGGGAAAGAAGAUAGGAAUUCCAGCAGCCGAUCCGAAGAAGCAUGGAUCAUUUGUAAGAGAAAAUAACACCUUAUAG